GCAGUUCUGAAUAUUCAUCCUCUGGGAGCAGUUCUGAAUAUUCAUCCUCCAGCAAUAGUUCUGAAUAUUCAUCCUCUGGCACGAGUUCUGAAUUUUCAUCCUCUGGCAGCAGUUCUGAAUAUUCAUCCUCUGGGAGCAGUUCUGAAUAUUCAUCCUCUGGCAGCAGUUCUGAAUAUUCACCCUCAAGCAGCAUUUCUGAAUACGGGCCUUACAGCAGCAGUUUUGAAUAUUCAUCCUCCAGCAGCAUUUCUGAAUAUUCAUCCCCAGGCAGCAGUUCUGAAUAUUCAUCCUCUGGUAGCAUUUCUGAAUAUUCAUCCUCUGGGAGCAGUUCUGAAUAUUCAUCCUCCGGCAGCAGUUCUGAAUAUUCAUCCUCAAGCAGCAGUUCUGAAUAUUCAUCCUCUGGCAGCAGUUCUGAAUAUUCAUCCUCAAGCAGCAUUUCUGAAUCUUCAUCCUCAGGCAGCAUUUCUGAAUACGGGCCUUACAGCAGCAGUUUUGAAUAUUCAUCCUCAAGCAGCAUUUCUGAAUAUUCAUCCCCAGGCAGCAGUUCUGAAUAUUCAUCCUCUGGUAGCAUUUCUGAAUAUUCAUCCUCUGGGAGCAGUUCUGAAUAUUCAUCCUCCGGCAGCAGUUCUGAAUAUUCAUCCUCAAGCAGCAGUUCUGAAUAUUCAUCCUCUGGCAGCAGUUCUGAAUAUUCAUCCUCAAGCAGCAUUUCUGAAUCUUCAUCCUCAGGCAGCAUUUCUGAAUACGGGCCUUACAGCAGCAGUUUUGAAUAUUCAUCCUCAAGCAGCAUUUCUGAAUAUUCAUCCCCAGGCAGCAGUUCUGAAUAUUCAUCCUCUGGUAGCAUUUCUGAAUAUUCAUCCUCUGGGAGCAGUUCUGAAUAUUCAUCCUCCGGCAGCAGUUCUGAAUAUUCAUCCUCAAGCAGCAGUUCUGAAUAUUCAUCCUCUGGCAGCAGUUCUGAAUAUUCAUCCUCAAGCAGCACUGAAUCUUCAUCCUCAGGCAGCAUUUCUGAAUACGGGCCUUACAGCAGCAGUUUUGAAUAUUCAUCCUCCAGCAGCAUUUCUGAAUAUUCAUCCCCAGGCAGCAGUUCUGAAUAUUCAUCCUCUGGCAGCAGUUCUGAAUAUUCAUCCUCCGGCAGCAUUUCUAAAUAUUCAUCCUCUGGCAGCAGUUCUGAAUAUUCAUCCUCAAGCAGCAGUUCUGAAUAUUCAUCCUCUGGUAGCAUUUCUGAAUAUGGGCCUUACAGCAGCAGUUCUGAAUAUUCAUCCUCCGGCAGCAGUUCUGAAUAUUCAUCCUCUGGUAGCAUUUCUGAAUAUUCAUCCCCAGGCAGCAGUUCUGAAUAUUCAUCCUCCGGCAGCAUUUCUGAAUAUUCAUCCUCUGGCAGCAGUUCUGAAUAUUCAUCCUCAAGCAGCAGUUCUGAAUAUUCUUCCUCUGGUAGCAUUUCUGAAUAUGGGCCUUACAGCAGCAGUUCUGAAUAUUCAUCCUCCGGCAGCAUUUCUGAAUAUUCAUCCCCAGGCAGCAGUUCUGAAUAUUCAUCCUCUGGUAGCAUUUCUGAAUAUUCAUCCCCAGGCAGCAGUUCUGAAUAUUCAUCCUCCGGCAGCAUUUCUGAAUAUUCAUCCUCUGGCAGCAGUUCUGAAUAUUCAUUCUACGGCAGCAGUUCUAAAUACGCGCCUUACAGCAGCAGUUUUGAAUAUUCAUACUCCAGCAGCAUUUCUGAAUAUUCAUCCCCGGGCAGCAGUUCUGAAUAUUCAUCCUCUGGCAGCAGUUCUGAAUAUUCAUCCUCUGGCACCAGUUCUGAAUAUUCAUCCUCUGGCAGCAGUUCUGAAUAUUCACCCUCCAGCACCAGUUCUGAAUAUUCAUCCUCUGGCAGCAGUUCUGAAUAUUCAUCUUCAAGCAGCAUUUCUGAAUAUUCAUUCUCGGAAAGCAGUUCUGAAUACUCAUCCUCUGGCAGCAGUUCUGAAUAUUCAUCCUCUGGCAGCAUUUCUGAAUAUUCAUCCUCGGGCAGCAGUUCUGAAUAUUCAUCCUCAGGCAGCAGUUCUGAAUAUUCAUCCUCAGAAAGCAGUUCUGAAUACUCAUCCUCGGAAAGCAGUUCUGAAUACUCAUCCUCUGGCAGCAGUUCUGAAUAUUUAUCCUCAGAAAGCAGUUCUGAAUACUCAUCCUCAGAAAGCAGUUCUGAAUAUUCAUCCUCUGGCAGCAGUUCUGAAUAUUCAUCACCCAGCAGCAUUUCUGAAUAUUCAUCCUCCAGCAGAAGUUCUGAAUAUUCAUCCUCUGGCAGCAGUUCUGAAUAUUCAUCCUCAAGCAGCAUUUCUGAAUAUUCAUCCUCAAGCAGCAUUUCUGAAUAUUCAUCCUCCAGCAGAAGUUCUGAAUAUUCAUCCUCUGGCAGCAUUUCUGAAUAUUCAUCCUCUGGCAGCAUUUCUGGAUACUCAUCCUCAGGCAGCAGUUCUGAAUAUUCAUUCUCUGGCAGCAGUUCUGAAUAUGGGCCUAACAACAUUGCUGAAUAUUUAUCCUCCAGGCACCAGUUCUGAAUAUUCAUCCUCCAGCAGCAGUUCUGAAUAUUCAUCCUCUGGAAACAGUUCUGAAUAUUCAUCCCCAGGCAGCAGUUCUGAAUAUUCAUCCUCUGGCAGCAGUUCUGAAUAUUCAUCCUCCGGCACCAGUUCUGAAUAUUCAUCCUCCGGCAGCAUUUCUGAAUAUUCAUCCUCUGAAGCAGCAGUUCUGAAUAUUCAUCCUCCGGCACCAGUUCUGAAUAUUCAUCCUCCGGCAGCAUUUCUGAAU